CGGGAAGAGAAGGUGGAAAUGGGGUCAGUUAGCAAUUUUGUAAUCAGAUGGAUCAAUUUUCUCACAAUGAUUUUAGCCAUGGGUGUAAUCGGCUUUGGGCUUUGGAUGAAUGCUAACCACGAUGGCUGUCGAAAAUCUCUCGCUCUUCAUAUCGUUGUUCUUGGCAUAUUGAUUUUUUUCAUAUCGGUUUUUGGAUUUCUUGGUGCAUGGAAGAGCAACCCCAUAUUGUUAUGGAUUUACUUGAUCAUGCUGCUGUUAAUUCUGGUGGCAAUCUUGAUCUUUACUGUCUUGGCAUUUAUUGUAACAAACAAGGGUUCUGGUCACAGUGUAAGUGGCUUAAGGUACAAGGAAUAUCAACUCCAAGAUUAUCAUUCUUGGUUCCUAAAACAGCUCAAUAGCUCUCAUAACUGGGAACACCUGAGGAACUGUCUUGUGAAAUCUGACGACUGCAAUAACCUGUCCCAAAAAUAUAAGAAUCUCAAGCAGUAUAGAUAUGCAAAGCUAAGUCCAAUUGAAGCUGGUUGCUGCAGGCCACCAUCAGAGUGUGGUUAUCCGGCCCGAAACACGUCAUAUUAUGACCUGACCUUCCAUCCAAACAGCUCCAACAAGGAUUGCACGCUCUACGAAAACAAAAGAGAUAUAUUGUGCUAUAACUGUGAUUCUUGCAAGGCCGGAGUUGCUGAGUACAUGAAAACUGAAUGGAGAGUGGUUGCGGUCUUCAAUCUCGUCCUCUUCGCCAUUCUAGUAAUGCAUGCUCUAUUCUUUCCUUUGGUACUAUUAAGAAAAGGGUCAACUUGAUAUGAGGGGUACUCGUAAAUCUUUUAUGAGGUUUCGGUGGGGUUCUUUUGACACCAAAUUUGGGUGUCAUAUUAUGACACCGGGAUCUUACAAUGCUCAAUUGUGCCUAUUCUCUCGCCCUUGGUGCCUACUUGCCUUACAGUAUAGAAACUUAGCAUCAGGGGCGAGAAAGAAGGCCCGGCGGAGUAUCGUCGGGUCUUCAAAUAACUGAGUGUCAAAAGAACCCACCGAGUUUCAGUGGGACUCUUUUGACACCAAAUUUGGGUGACACAUUAUGACACCAGGGUCCUACAGUCCUCCGUUGUGCCGUGAUGUGGGUCCAACCCUCCCAAAAAAAGUCCCCUACUAUUGACCUCCAUCCCCUCGCCUUUGGCACUGAUUUGCUACUUUAACAAAUCGGUGUUAGGGGUAAGGAGGAAGGGAUUAAGGAGGGUAGAACUUAUUUCGGAGCCUUAAAAAGCAUAGUAGGAUCUCCAAAUGCACCGGUGUCAUAUUAUGACACCGGUGUAGACAUGGGGUGUAUAUUUUUUCCAAUAAAAUAUGACUGAACAUUGUGUUUUCCUAUUGCAGACAAUAAUCUAUUUUGUGGGAUGUUGCGCGAGACGAAAUGCUGGCAACGGUGUAUCCAAUGUCUAAGAAGAGGGCAAAGGUCUCAAGCAAAAAAAAGUGUGGAUUUGGCACUUUCUUUGGGUUUUAAAAUUCCUAGGGCUGUUUGGUACACGGAAUUGAUGGAAUUGGAAUUAAAAUUCUAAAGAAUUGAAUUGGAUGGAAUUGAAUUGUCCAAUUCCAAUUCAUUUUUUGCACUACUAAUUCCAAAUCCACAUAUUUUUGUGAUACCAUACAACAGAAUUGGAAUUGCAGUACCCAAUUCUAAUUCCAUGACUUGAAUUCCGUGUACCAAAUAAAGCUUUAGUUUUUUUUGUGAGAAACCUUGUAAUCGAGCGGGGUAAGUGUGACUUUUUAAAAUGAAAGAUCACAUGUUCAAACUUUAGUUGAAGUAUUGACUAUUAAAUUGUUCUGUUUUGUCUUCUUCUUCCCGUCUGCCUUCUCCAAGAGAAAGCUCGAUAAGCUGAAAUGGCGACCAGGAAAAGAACUGCGGUGGAGCCCGCAACCAGGGUGACUCGGAGCUCAGCUCGCCUCGCCGCCGCCAGAUCCGACGACGCCAAGCCGGAGCUCCCCAAGGCCAAGAAACCCAAGAGAACCGCCGCGGCCAAGUCGCCGACGCCGGAGGCGGAGAGGGAGGAGGGACCGGUCGGUGUGCCAGCGGAGAAACCAAAGAAAGGUAAGGGAAGAGGAGAAAAGCCGUCUGCCGUGGCGGCGGAGGACGGCGGGGCUGAAGGGAAGACCGUCGUCAUCGAGCAGUGCAACUCGUUCAAGACUCGGGCUUUGAAGGCCAAGGAAGCGCUGGAGGCGGCGGUCUCCGGCGUGAGAGUGGUGGUGAACCCGGAAAAGCCGAGGAAGGGCUGCUUCGAGAUCCGCGAAGAAGACGGGGAGACUUUCGUCAGCCUUCUGGACAUGAAGAGGCCGUUCAAGGCGAUGAAGGAUCUCGACAUGGACGAGGUUAUCACUGGAAUCAUCGACAAAAUCAAAUGAUAUUUCUUCAAUCUCUUCUUCUUCGUUUCAUUUUUUUGCAGUCCAUUUCUCAAACACUUGGUGUGCAUAUAUCUCGCCAAGUAAAAAAACAGGGAAAUGAAGAAGAAGAGAUGAAAAGAAAAUCUCUGCCUGUUAAAUCUUUUGUAGUAAAUCACCUGAUCUGAAUUGGGUUUCUUUUGUUGUCUAGGGUUUUAGAUUUUGCUACUGUUAUGCUUAAUAUUGAUGCUCCUGUUCUUGAAUACUGGAUUAAGGG